CCCCAGAAGAAGAAACUUCCUCUUUCCUCAGUGAAGCGGUCAGAUGUUUCCUCGUGUGUCAGUCGAGUGUGAGUCUCGCCGUGAAGACGCUUGUCUUGAUGAGAGCCAGAACACAGACGAUCUGAAGCAGCGUCACACUCUUCUGCUGGGAUUGAGUUCUUCUGAAACUGGACUUUAGAGAAAUGAUGCUCAUCUUUGGACUGAUGCUGCUGCAAACUGCUGCAUGUCUGGAUCGGUUCUGCUGGUUUGGUCAGUCUGAUCCCUGUUACACAGCUCUGGGACACAAACUCAAUCUGAUGAUGGUGCAGGACGCUAGUAAAUAUGAUCUGAAGAUAAAAAAGAGAAUAAACAACACAGCAGAUGAUCCAGUUUGUAGAGUAAAGAAUGGCAGGAUGAGGGAGACUGAAUGUGAUCUUUAUAAUAACAGACCUGAAGUGACAGUCAUUAAUGGGUCUGUGAUAAUAAACCGUGUGAUCAGAACAGAUUCAGGGAAUUACAGAUUAACACUCGAGAGCUCAGACGGCACAGAAACAUCUCGAGAUCUUCAAGUGAUUGUUGAAGCUCCUAUUGGCUCAGUGAAUGUGUCAGUUAACUGCUCCUCCAGUGGGGUGAUGAGGGUGUUCUGCUCCUCUGAUGGAGAUCAGCUCCUCUACAGCUGGACUCUGAAUGGAGAUCCACUGAAGGAUGGAAACAGCAGCAUUGAUCUGGAUGAAGGAACUGAGGGAAACAUCAGCUGCAGCGUGAAGAACCACGUCAGUCACGCACAGAAGACCAUUAGACUCAAACCCUGUCCUGAGCCAACUACUGCAGCUGUGACCUCUAGUGCGACCUCUAGUGUGACCUCUAGUUUGACCUCUGAAGUGACCAGCAGCUCACAGACAUCAGAAAAUGGUACAAGUUUCUCAUCGGCUGGUACGAAUAUCACCACGGAUGUCAUUUCAAGCCCUAAAGAGAGAUUUAAGUAUUUGCUCUAUCUGAUUGCUUUGGGCUGCGCUGCUGUGAUCCUGAUUCUGCUGUUCAUCAUCGUAUGUUGCGUUUACAAGAAAAAACAGCAAAAGUCGAUAACAGCUUGA